UCUGUAGAAUCUUCAAGCGAUCUUUUUGACUCCACCAUCGUCGUCGUUAUAUAUUCCCCUUCGCUCUGCACCAUCGGAAGCUCGCAACUUUCUCCUUCCACACCUCUCUAGACAGAGCCACGGCUCCCCACUCUCUCUCUCUCUCUCUACUGUGUGGGUUUUGCUUUCUUCAUAGGCUUCUCUGUCUCUGGGUUCCUGUAGCUACUCCAUUGGGAGAGACAUGCAAGGCGCGCACGAUCACGCGGCGGCCGACGGCGACGGCAGCGGCGGCGGCGGCGAUGAUCAGAGCCGGGUGCUGGACAUAUAUCCGCUGAGCAGCUACUACUUCGGGUCCAAGGACGCCCUUGCUUUCAAGGAGGAGACCUUGGCCGAUCGUGUCCAGAGGAUGAAAUCCCAUUACGCGGCUCAUGGGUUGAGGAAUUGCGUGGAAGCCGUCAUUGUGGUUGAAUUAUUCAGACAUCCUCAUCUGUUGCUGUUGCAAGUAAGAAAUUCCACUUUUAAGCUGCCAGGAGGUCGAUUAAGGCCUGGUGAAUCAGAUGUCGAAGGGCUGCAACGCAAGCUGACCAGCAAGCUUUCUGCUGAUGGAGCUGGUGAUGAGACUCAGUGGGAGGUUGGAGAAUGCCUUGGGAUGUGGUGGAGGCCUGACUUUGAAACUUUGCUCUAUCCUUACUUGCCACCUAAUAUUAAAAAGCCCAAGGAGUGCACAAAACUCUUUCUUGUGAAGUUACCUGUAAGUCGGAAGUUCAUUGUUCCAAAAAACCUGAAAUUGCUCGCUGUACCAAUUUGUCAAAUUCAUGAAAAUCUCAAGACAUAUGGGCCGAUUAUAGCAGGAGUUCCACAGCUGCUAUCGAAAUUCUCCUUCAACAUAAUCGAUUCCUGAACUGAUUGGGGUAGUGUCUGCCGGCAGCAGGAGGGCCUACGAUCCGUCUACUACUGAACAUACUUGUAGAUAUUAUAAGUUUUGAUUUGGCAGGGAGGGAUGUAUUUAUCGUGUUAUUAACGUCAGAAAGGGUGUUCGUCAUUUGACUUAUGGUUUUUCCUUUGUUGGAUUCAGUUUGUAAAUGCCAAAGCUCUGCAACUCUCUGGUUUAUGUUGCUCUUCAUAGUAACUCCUUUGGACACAAUUAUAGUUUUAAAUCAACUGUCUGAUUUCUCAUGUA